ACUUUCCAUGGACAGGGGUUUAUCGGGCAAGAUUCUAAAUUGGUGGCAGUUGGUGGGAAGUGGGCUGAUGCUGUUGGAAUCAAUUGUUUAAGCUGACCCCAAUAUUCAAAUCCAUUGAACUUCAAAUUGGAAAAACUUAUCUUAGAUUUCGCUUUCCAUCUUUCAAAUAUUCCAUUUUUCCCCAUUCAGCUUCGAUUCAUCCAAAACCCACAUACGAAUUCCAUGUUUCCAUGAAUUUCUGUUAACUUUCAUCGAAUUUGGACAUGGGUUUUACUCAUAAAACCAUAAAAAAUCUCCACCUAAUCUCUUUCAUAGUUCUUCUUCACUUUCUCCCUGUGUUUCCACAAGGAAACAACAGUAGAAUCGAUCAAGGUCAGCUGCUUAGAGAUGGCCAAACCGUUGUUUCCCCUAGUCAGGUUUUCGAGCUCGGAUUCUUCAGCCCUGUGAAUUCAAGAUUAAAAUACGUCGGAAUUUGGUAUUACGGAUUUCAGAACCGAACAGUCGCAUGGGUAGCGAACAGAAACGAUCCAAUCACCGGCGAUUCUGGUGUUUUCAGCAUCGGAAAUAAUGGAAGCUUGAUUGUUUCCGAUGGAAAUGAUAGAGUUUAUUGGUCAAGCAAUAGUCCUUCAUCUGGGAGUAAUUUAACAGCGAUUCUUAUGGAUAACGGAAACCUAAUGCUUUCAACUGUGCAAAACGUCGGUGUUGAUACAGAAGCUAUUUGGCGGAGUUGUGAUCAUCCAACUGACACUUACUUGCCGAAUCAGAGAGUUUAUUUGAAUAUCACAGCGGAAGAUACUCGUCAAUUUGUUUCAUGGAGGUCUCUUAAUGAUCCUUCAGAGGGGAAUUACUCCAUGGGAAUUGAUCCCCGAGGUUCGCCCCAAGUGGUGGUUUGGGAAGCCCAAACUCGCCGGCGGCUAUGGAGAUCCGGUCCAUGGAAUAAUCAGAUUUUCAUUGGAAUUCCGCAGAUGAGAUCCUUAUUCCUCUAUGGUUUCGAUUUAGUUCGUGUAAACAGUAGUCUCAUGUAUUUCAUCUUCAACAAUCCAAACACUACAGUUCUAAUGCGAUUCAUGAUCCGAUGGAAUGGAGUUGUUCAACAAUUGACAUGGGACAAUCAAAGGUCCAGAUGGGAUGCCAAUUUAUCUCUGCCUACUUCCGAUUGCCAAUAUUACAACAGAUGUGGAAAUUUUGGACUCUGUCAAUCAUCCCUAAACUCUCCAUCUCCGUGUAGUUGUAUGGAAGGAUUCGAUCAAAAUUCCACCGGUGGGUGUGUUCGAAGAACUCUACUCAACUGCAACUCAAAUGGUUCAACGAGUGAUGGAUUUUUCCAGCAAACUGGUGUUAAACUACCGGAUCUUGCCGACAGGUUGGACGCUGGAAGUAGCGGUGAUUGUGAAGAUGGAUGCUUGAGAAACUGUUCGUGUAGUGCAUAUGCAUAUGUAUCCGGGAUCGGGUGUUUGAUUUGGGGAGAUAAUUUAGUUGAUGUUGAGCAAUUUGCAGAAGGUGGCGAAACCCUUUUCAUUCGUCUUGCAGAUGCUGAUUUAGAAAGUCGGAAGAAAGCAUCUAAAACUCUAGUCAUUGCAUUGUCGGUGACUGGAGCGGUUGUUCUUGCCGUUAUUCUAUUAUUGUUAUGGAGAUUCCGGCGAAACCUUAAAGAGGGUCGAAAUCUAUGUGGAAAAUCAAAGAAACAAACAUCAGUUUCCGAGAUGACAAAUGGUGUACAAAAUCACGUUGAGAAUUCAGGACAACAAGAUGAUGAAGGGAAACCCUAUGAAGGACCCUCGUUGCCUUUAUACAGUUCUAGUGUCUUAGAAGCCGCUACUGAUGGCUUUGCAAACAAGAACAAACUCGGUCAAGGUGGUUUCGGCCCCGUGCACAAGGGAAUUUUGCCGGGAGGACAAGAAAUUGCGGUAAAACGGCUUUCAAGAUCGUCGGGGCAAGGAUUGGUGGAAUUCAAGAACGAGAUGAUUUUAAUUGCAAAGUUGCAACAUCGAAAUCUUGUUAGAUUGUUGGGGUAUUGCAUUGAAGGGGAAGAAAGAAUGUUAUUAUAUGAAUACAUGCCUAAUAAAAGCCUCGAUACGUUUCUAUUUGACCCGAUAAAAAAAGCGGAAUUAAGUUGGAAAAUUCGAUUCAACAUCAUCGAAGGGAUUGCAAGAGGCUUGUUGUAUCUUCAUCGGGAUUCUAGGCUUCGAAUAAUUCAUCGUGAUUUAAAAGUCGGUAAUAUUUUGCUUGAUGAAGAAAUGACUCCCAAGAUUUCUGAUUUUGGAAUGGCAAGAAUCUUUGGGGGGAACCAAAAUGAAGCCAAUACGAAUCGAGUUGUUGGAACUUAUGGUUAUAUGUCUCCUGAGUAUGCAAUGGAAGGUUUGUUUUCGGUGAAAUCUGAUGUUUAUAGCUUCGGUGUUUUGCUUCUAGAAAUCAUUAGUGGCCACCGAAAUAACGCUUUCCGUUCUAAUGAUUCCACAAAUCUAAUUCGACAUGCAUGGAAGCUAUGGAAAGAAGGAAAAGCCGAUGAACUAAUCGAUCCCACAAUUCUAGACUCAUGUAACAAAACAGAAGCAUUACAAUGCAUCCACGUGGCAAUGUUAUGCGUGCAAUCAUCAGCCGUGCAAAGGCCCACCAUGUCAUCGGUGGUCUUCAUGUUAGAAGGUGAAAACACAAGCCUUCCACAACCAACCGAAGUCGAUAUCACAUCAUUAAGUUCGGUAGAAAUGGAUUUGAUAAUGGAAGGCCGAGAAAUCAAUAUUUCAUCCAAUGAUGUUACCAUUACGGAAGUUUCCGGAAGGUAAUGUUCCCAAGUGAAAAGGCCAUGAGUGGUGGUGGCUGUAGCGGAAUUGAAUAUGAGACCUCAUGCCAUGGAUCGUUUGUUUGUUGUAUAUAAUUUGGAUACGUGUAAAUUUAUGAUAAUGUUUUUGAGAUGACACGAUAUAAUUGUUUUGUAAAUCAGGAAAUUAGAAGAGUAGGAAAUAUAUAUUGGAUGUUAUGUAUAUUUGCCUAUUUGGGCUUACGUUUGAUUUAGCAAGUAUAAAUAUAGAUUGAAAUUGUUGGAAAUAAUAAA